AUGUCAAGUGCAGCAGGUGGAAAAGCAGAGCCACGUGGGUCGCCACCCCAACCGCCAACCGCUUCUGCAAGUGCGAAAAUCCGAGUCCGGAACUUCAGCGGGGAAGAGCAUUCUGUAGACGUUGACGGACUGGUUCGCGUGCGAGACCUAAGCCAACCGAGGAUUCUCCAAAUGUUCUUCCAGGGUGAUGAACUGAUCCCGCCAGCUUCGCUAGUCCACUGGACGCUUGUGCGCGAAGAUGUACCGGACGCGUCGGACGGAGGAGAUUCGAAAGGUGAACAAGGGCCAGCUCCUGCGGUGUUGCCAAAAAAUGACGCGGAAAUGACAGACAGCGAGUUGGUGAUCAUUCCGGAAGACCCGGACUUGGAAAGCGUCUUGCCACUGGAAGAAGGAGCUGAGGACUCCGAUGCUAUGCCUGACUGCUUUCUCGGCCCGGACGCGGAAAUCGAUGUUGACAACCUUGCCCAGGUGGUCUACCAGUUUGGAGUUGGUCGCGUGAGUUACGACCUCAAGAGGCAGUCUGACGAAAGUAAUUGUGAUUGGGAAGUGCGAAUUAAUGCCGCGGUGAGAAACUUGAAGUCUGUGGACGAAGCGCAGGCGUUUUUCUACUGCGAGGCUCAUUAUUGUGGUGGUGUGGAGAGCCAGGAGAAGCUGAAGCGGAUUCGGGACCGUAGCGUACCAUCAUCGGCGUUUUGUUCCGACACCUGUUUUUACUGUCGAUACACAACUACAUCUACAAUCUGUCGAAGCAGGGGUCCGAUUUUACUGUCGAAACACAACUACAAUCUUGUUCGGGCGGCGUUGAAUUUUCGUGCAGCGGAGUGGAGUAAAUACCACAAAGCAAUUGGUGGAGAAUUCUUUUCCCCGUCGUUUCGGGACGCAUUUUGCUGGAGUGUCGUUGAUUCGGCGAUCUACUUCGGCUCGCGCCGGCGACAAGCCGCGGUUUUCGCUGUCUUUCCUCCAGACUUGCAAGAAAUCACCGCAGAAGACUGCCAUAAGCUUCUGCGCCGUGCUCUCGCUGCAUUGACGGAGGACGGAAAGAAUAUCGACGCCCGCCGUGCGGCAACCUGGUACCGCUCCGAAUCAAAUACGACGUUUCCGAGAUUACCACAGCGAACUAGGGCGCAGGUAGCGGAAGGAAACCAGUGCUAUUUGUACCACAAGACUGUUUUGGAACGCGUUGCGAGUACCGGACAAAUACCAGCUCUUACGUCAGAGCUCUAUUGGAGGUUCCGCCUGCACGAGUGUGUCCUCCCUGAUUGCAAAAGAAACUUCGAAAAGAGUGGUAUUCUACCGCUGCUGGGCCAGAAUUUUUUUCGAGACAAGAACCUGCUGCUGAAUCUUUCGGCGGCCGACGUCAUCGAUGUUUUCUCUCGCCGCUUGAAGCGCCUGAGUUCGACGUUCGACUCCCAUUGCGACCCAAAGAUUAGGGCCCUCGAAGUGAUCGAGUACAUCAUCAGAUAUGACUUGGAAAUGGAAUGCGACUUGGCGCCAACCAUCAAUCCUCUGCAGAGAUUCGCAGGCCUUACGACCGCACAAAGACUGCAGGAAUCUGGCCUCACGUUCGAAUACUACCGGCAACUUGUGCGAGAAAUUGAACGGCCGGAGGAUGAGGACUUCGUCAAUAGGAUACCGUGGACGGAGAUAGAGAACCUGUGGCGCACUGUGGAAUGA